GAUUUAUCGCUCUUUCGUCAUGUACAGCCACGUUCCUAUUUUCUCUAGAGAUCAGAGCUCGUAUCGGAGUCUGUGAGCACUCUCACAUUGCUCGCGCUGGUUAUCAGUCAGCAUGAAGAAGGCUUCAGUGCGCCCGACCCGUCACGCCUACCUCAGAGCCCUUUUCUCCGAUGCCGCAGCUCAACCUUCACGAAGGACUGUAUGCACAGACUGCCUGAGAGUCCUGCGGCACCGGAGGAAGCACCUCGACUUCGCUCCCCGCCAGCUACAUACUCUGGGCCCACGACCAAAUGCGACGCACUUGCAGGGCGCAGUCCGGUUUGCCCAGUCAACCCAGAGAAGGCGCCUUGCGACGGUGACCGAUGUUGUCCAGCGUGGACCUCUCGAGGAAUACGAUGAGCGAGUACAAACAAGGAGGUUACGAGAUGACGAACACCAGAGAACGCUUAUCGAACAUUUGCAAGAUCUGCACGACACACUACGAGACUACACGCCUCCGAAAGUAAUACAUCCGGACGUCAAUGACCUCCAACCCGCAAAGAAAAGCCUGUUUGGGUCCUUGUUUGGCGCAGCGAAGAAGAAAAAGGCCAUUGGCGAAUUGCCAGAAGACCUUCCGAAAGGGCUAUACAUGUACGGCGAUGUCGGUUCGGGAAAGACCAUGCUCAUGGAUCUGUUCUACGAGACGCUGCCGUCGAACAUCACGUCCAAGACUCGGGUCCAUUUCCACAACUUCAUGCAAGACGUGCACAAGCGCCUGCACAAGAUUCGGAUGCAGUAUGGCAACGACUUCGACGCCGUCCCCUUCGUGGCGGCCGAUAUCGCCGAAACAGCCCAAGUCUUGUGUUUUGACGAGUUCCAAUGCACCGACGUCGCUGACGCCAUGAUCCUCCGGCGUCUGCUGGAAUCGUUGAUGUCUCACGGCGUGGUGCUGGUUACCACCUCCAAUCGGCACCCGGAUGACCUCUAUAAAAACGGCAUUCAACGCCAGUCGUUCAUUCCGUGUAUCAAUCUCCUCAAGAAGCAGCUCAAGGUCAUCAAUCUCGACUCGCAGACUGAUUACCGCAAACUGCCACGCCCGCCAUCAGGCGUGUACCACCACCCACUCGAUCGUGCAGCAGCGUCACACGCAAAGAAAUGGUUCAACUUCCUGGGAGAUCCGGAGAAUGACCCUCCGCACCCAGCGACCAUCACGGUCUGGGGUCGUGAAGUCGAAAUUCCCUUAGUAUCUGGACGCGCCGCGAUGUUCACGUUCCAUGACCUCAUUGGUCGAGCGACCGGAGCGGCCGACUACAUCGAGAUGAUGCGCAGCUUCGAUGCCUUCAUCGUGACAGACGUGCCGGGCAUGACGCACCGUGAACGAGACUGGGCCAGACGGUUCAUCACGUUUAUCGACGCCGUGUACGAGUCGCACGCGAAGUUGGUCCUGACUACGGCGGUGCCUUUGUCGCAAUUGUUCCUGAGCAAGACGGAACUGGACGAGUCACUGGAAAGCGUGACUAAAAAGGUCGACCGGGACGAUAAAUCAGCGGACUCGCACGAUAAGAAAGUCGUGGCGCGGGCGCAGGCCGCAGAUACGGAUGGUGAAGGUGCGGACGUGGACGACGUCAUGCGUAAUUUGAUGGAUGAUCUGGGCAUGAGUAUGAGCAUGCUCAAGCAGAGUAGUUUGUUCAGUGGAGACGAAGAGCGGUUUGCGUUUGCGCGAGCGCUCAGCCGGUUGAGUGAGAUGGGCAGUCAGGAGUGGGUCGAGCGUGGCAUGGGCCUGGAGAAGCGUGGUGGAUUGAAUGAGAAAGAGGGAUGGCUCAGGGUAAGGUCGAGAUGGAGGGAGGAUAGUCUGUGAAUACCUUAAGGUUGUGAUUUGGAAAAUAAGACCGAUGAGCAAGUCGCCAAAGAGGUGUGAGAUGCGUUCCGGGAUUGGGAGCAAAACUGGGAUUUUGUCCUGCAUUUAGCGUUCUAUGAGCGAUCAAGUACACUUGGUACAUCAAUCUUGAGAUUUCACUCUACACGAGUA